ACCGUGGAAAAUUUGUCACCCGACGGCUGUCCCAUAGGGUGUUCCUGCAUAGGAUGCAUAGGAGCUGCAAAGGAAAAAGAUGUGGACUCAUGCACGUUGGCGCGAUAAUCGUGAGCGAGAUGCUGGUAUCAACUCAACGCAACGCACUUCAGAGACGUGGAUAUUGCAAUCAAUUGCAGCUUCCGGCGGGUAGAGGCAAUCAGAUGGCCGCGCUCGCACUUCGUAGACUGAAUACGAAACGGAUCGCCAGCUUUCUAGAAGAUCUCUCGUUCCAUACUCUUCUGAUCGAUGCUGACUUCGAUAUCACGGAGCACACCACUUUAUGCAAACCCGAGGGCAUUCGUCUCGAGUCUACGCAACGAGCACAGCUGCAGUCUCGCAAGAUGGAUAUUUCUUCUUACCAAAUGGCGUUCUGAUAAGAGAAUUCGUUUUCCACAUCAGCGACGUGAGGACGAAACUAGAGGUGAAAGGGUGGCGGUGAAAAAGGAAAAGGUGUAGGAAAAGGGACAAUACGAAAAGAGAGAUAAGUGACGAAGAGGAGGGGGGGAGCAGAGAGGGACAUCCGAUUCGAUAUUCUAUCGAGAUAGCCGACAUUUUUCAGUGUGCCCAUGGUCACGAACAUUUUUCGAGGCAAUGGGCUUCCCAACCUUCGGCACAUAUCUAUAUAUCUGUAGUUAUAUACAGCCGCGUGUACAUGCAGGGUGUUCGAAAACUAUCGUCUCUCGUUUCAUAUACAAAUUUUCUUACCAAUCGAGAAUCGAUUUUCCCUUACAUCAAGAUGUCGGUAGUUUUUUUUUUACAUUGAAAUGGCGUAACCGAAAUUAUCGAAUAAAUGGAAAAACACCACACAUGUGU